GCGAUGACAGUUGUGUGGCUGAAGCCGCUGUAAACGCAUUCCCUUGGCAAGACGGAUACACGUUCGUUGUUCGUUGAAAUUUUUCUAUUGUGUCGUAUUGUGUCUUAUUAUCGUUCGUCGUUGUCGUUUCGUCCUUUGUGUCAUUUGCAUUUAAAGUGCGCAAAUAUUUAAGGAAAUUGCAUUAGCUCAUGAAUUUCGUCAACUAGCCUGUAGCUAGUGACCAUAAAUAUAAUUAGUUACUUAGUAAAGCUAUUAAAGCGAAGCAUAGAAAAGUAUUUAAAGUCGAAAGUUUGCCGAAAGUAGUCUUAAAGCUGUGAGCAGUUUGUUUAUUUCGGUGCACUUUGCAACUCGUACGGUACGUAGACGUCGCGUCGCUGCUACUCGUGCGUUAUCCUUUCAUUUGCCGGUAAUUUUUCACACGUGUUUCAGUAAGUGAUUGCUUUAAGUGGGCUUUAAAGCUUAAUGAAAUUAACACAUUAUUACGUACUACUAACAAAAGUUUUACAUGCAACUAUCAACCCAUAUCAACUAUUAUAAGCGUUAGCAAGGCUGCGUCUAAUAAAGCAACUACAAAAAUUCGAAAUAUUUAACUUUAGACCACAUAAAGUGCGGCUUUAAAAAGCGUAUAUUGCAAAUAACUAACAAUUUAAUACAAAAUAAAUUUGCGCAUAUAUGAAAAUCUACAAAUAACAGUAGCUGCAAAACACUUUAAAGCCAAUAAACAAAUAUUAAAUGCAUAUAAAUUAGAGGAGGCGCGCAAAAAAUACAAAAUAAACACCAACACAUAAACACACAGACAAAUAGCAACACCAGCGCCAGUUGGCAAAUGAGCUGCACACAAUUACGCAAUGCGUUUAUGAUUAUUUAAUGUGUUAUUUUUUAUAAUUGCAACAACAACAAGCGCACAAGGCAAACAUAUACGCAAAUUAACAGGCAUAAAGCGCAUAAAUUCAUAUUAAUAUAGCUGUAAUUUGCGCAAAAUAGUGCGAAGUAAAAAAUUAAAAGUGUUUGCCAUUUAUUUGGUUGCGGCUGCGUACAAAAAAAAUAUAUAAAACAGCACAACAAAAAGCGGUAAUAAUAAUUUAUAAAUAAGUAAGCAGACAGUGUGUGCAAUUGCUAGCACAAAUAUAUGCAUGUAUGUGUGAGUGUGCGUGUGCAUAAACACGAAAAAGCAUAAUAAUAACAUUUAUAAUAAAAAGUGCAAACAUAUUCACCGCAAAACGCAGCUAAAAUAAUAAAAUCAUACAAAAGUGCGCCGCAUUACUCAUACGCCAACGCCAACACACACCAAAGACACUUGUGAUGCAACGUGCAUUGCCUGCCUGUGUGCGUUGGUGUGAGUUAAAGUGCACACUCGCUCUGUUAAUGUUGAGUCAUAAAUUAUGUAUUUAAUUAAUUAAUAGCGCAGCACAAAAGCGGCAACAUACUCGGGCACAGAGCACAAAAGCACAACAACAACACAAGUGCGUUGCAUGUCGUGUGCGUUGCUUGAGUCUGUGCGGUCUUUUUGUUGUUGGCUGUACACACUUGCGCCGCAAGGCAAGUCGCGUUUAAGUGCUGUUAUUACUCGUAUUUAUGCUAAUAUGUGCUGAAUUAUAUUCUUAAUUAAAGUGUUAUCUGCGUUAAUACUUCGAAAUCAGGAAUUAUUGUAGUGCCUCUUAAGUGGAAUUUGGAAAAAAAGUGAAAAAUAAUAUAAAAUUUUAAAACAACUCUUUAUAAGUAAUUAAAAUAAGCAAGCAUCGAAAUGCAUACUAAUGAAGUUUGAAAAUCGUAGGUAGUUGGUACUCUAUAAAAUCUGACAUUUAUGUUGGAGCUUUAAGCGUCGCUUACAUAGACUGCUUAAACAAAGUGCUUUUCAAAGAAAAUCCUACAAAAAUCGCGUAAUUGCAGUAACAGUCAAGGUAAAUGAGUAGAAAUAAUAAACCAAAUGAAAUAAUGUAGCGCAUUUGACAACGCUGAAUGGCAAAAUACAAGCGGAGGCAAAAUCACUUCACAUUUUAAAGCGGAAGCGGAAACUCAAUCAAUGCGUUACAAAAGUAUGCUGCGAGCGCUUAAAAUAAACAACUUAAGUAGAAGUUGAAGUAGAGCAAAAAAUAAAAAUCGAAACAAAUAAAUAACAAGCGAAAAUAAUGCUAGAAACAAAGCAAAAAUAACAACAAAAUAAGGCAGAAAAGUGAAAUAAAGUUGCAGCAAGACGUGGCAAGCAAAUCAGAAUUGCAGAAAAAGAUUGAAAAUCACUAGACUUGCUGUUGUUAUUGUUAAGCGAAGAAGGUGCAGCAUGCAGCACUGAAGACUAAGUGUAGCCAAGUAAGAGGAAAGUGGCAACAACAAAAGCGCAACGGAAGUGAAAACGGUAAAAAAGUGCAGCGCAACGAAACAAAGAUCAAAAGCAACAAAAACGUGAAAACAACAAAGCUACGAAAUAAUUGAUACUAAAAAAUCUUGAAAAUAAAGAAAUAACGAAGAAGAUAGAAAUCAAAAAAAGAAAGUUUAAAAAAUAAGAGCAACAAACACACUAAGACAUCCGCAGCAGGAAUUAAACUAUAAAACAAAAUAAAUGUGCGCAGCCAACAACGAGAGCGUAAUUUGUAACGUAUUUCCGGUAUUGUAAGCAAAACAAGCAAAGCGUAAAAGCGUACAGCUGCUAGCACGCGUGGGCGCCAGCGGGAAGCGGGAAGCGCAGAAUCGUGCGAAAUAAUUGCAGCGAAAAGUUUAAGCGUAAACUGGAACAACAGAAUAAAUGGUAAUAAAUAAGUGAGCAACAAAACACAAAAAAGAAUCGCGAAACACAAAAAAGCCAAGAAUAUACGAAAAAUUUAUUUGAAAAAAAAAAAUAUAAAGAAAUAUAGUAAAAAUAAAUAAAAAAAAACUCUUUAAACUUAUAGCUUUUUAUAAAUAGAGAGAAAAAAAGAACGUAAAAUAAAUGCUUAAGCAGAUCUUGAGAAAUAAAAGCAAAGUGCUGCUAGAAUAAUUUGGCAAAGUUUAUUCUUCUUCUUGAGCGCUUUUGAAACGCGCUGCUUCACAGACUGUUGUUUUUGUACUUCGUAUUUCUCGAACAUUUUUCGUGCACAAAAAUCGUAUUAAGCGCUACAAGCGAGAAACAACUUUUUUAGGCCAUCAACGCUAGCAAAUACCAACAAAACAUAUGCCAAGCAACGUUAGCAUUUAUUUUCAACACUUUUGUUGGUGUUUGUUGCUGUGCGUGCGAAAUCUCGUGAGUAAAUCGGUUGUUGCAUAAACUGCAGCAUUUAACUGUCAAGUGUUUGAAUUGAAAAUCGUACAAAAUAAAAGUGGAGAGUGAGUGCAAACUGCUGUCGUGAGGAGCGUGUUGCUGUUGUUACUUGUUGAGCUGAUCUUAUUGUUGCAGCGGGCACUGGAGGCGUGAGCAGAUUUGUGACUAUAUUCAGCUGUCUUUUCGGUGCAUGUCUUUGCUGCAGUUGUUGUGCAAAAGUACUACAAAGAUGUCAGCAUAAUUUUCGUGUCUCGGCAAAAUAAUUGGGGGCAUAAAGUGACCGUCGAGCGGUGACAGCUGCGCGUAAGCAAAAAAAUCGCUGAUAGUUUCUGCAUUAAGCCUUAACUGUGAAAAAAAGUGUUGUUAAAUUUUCGCGUUUUCAGUUUACGGUAAAAUAGCGGUAUAUACGGCAAAUACGGUUUCGGUUUCGCGCUUAAUUUCGCGGUGUUUCGCGUCGGUUACGGUUAACCUAAAAUUUUUUCGCAAUUUAAACGGUGAAAAUAAACAGACGACCAAAUGUUGGCCUUUCAUAACGAGCACAUUGCAAGUUGUGCCUUUUUAACUUACUUUAGCCCGGAGAGCACAACGACGGCUGCUAAUUCACCAACAACGCCACAAGCAGCUGUGCUCAAUGAUAAAACGGCCUUAACUGGGAUGAACCGUGCUUUACAGCUCAAGCCAGCUGAAAGUGAAAGUCGAAGCGAGCAUUUAGAUCGCAAACUGUUCGUUGGUAUGCUAAGCAAGCAACAAACCGAAGAGGAUGUUAGACAAAUAUUCAGCCCUUUUGGCAGCAUAGAAGAGUGCACCAUAUUGCGUGGUCCGGAAGGCGCCAGCAAAGGUUGUGCUUUCGUCAAAUUUAGUUCGCAACAGGAGGCCCAGUCCGCCAUAACCAAUUUACACGGAAGUCAAACUAUGCCGGGUGCUUCCUCCAGUCUUGUUGUGAAAUUUGCCGAUACUGAGAAGGAGCGACAGAUACGACGUAUGCAACAAAUGGCGGGUCAUAUGAAUUUACUUAAUCCCUUUGUCUUUAAUCAAUUUGGACCAUAUGGAGCUUAUGCGCAGCAACAGCAAGCUGCUUUAAUGGCCGCCGCUGCCACUGCACCCGGCUCGUAUAUGAAUCCGAUGGCCGCGUUGGCAACGCAAAUACCUCAUGGCUUAAAUGGCACCGGUCAACCAUCGCUGCCCUCACCGACCAUGCCCAAUUUCAAUAUGGGCGCUCAAACGCCAAAUGGACAACCCGCUGCUGCAGCGGCCGCAGCAGCCGCCGCCGCUGCUGAUGGCGUCUUUACGAAUGGCAUUCCGCAAACGGCAUUCCCGGGACAUCCACUCCAUUUAACGAUUCCACCACAAGGUCUGCCUAAUGGUGAUGCUGCCGCCUUACAGCAUGCCUUCACUGGAAUGCCACCAUUUCCAGGAGUUGCCUUUCCCGCCGUUUAUGGACAAUUUCCACAAGCUUUACCACCACCUCUAGCGGCGGUUGCACCCACUCAACGUGAAGAUUUUCUGAUGUUCCCAGGAUGUUCGAUUUCGGGACCGGAGGGUUGUAAUCUAUUCAUAUAUCAUUUGCCGCAAGAGUUCGGCGAUGCGGAAUUGAUGCAGAUGUUCCUGCCAUUUGGUAAUGUGAUCAGUUCAAAGGUCUUCAUUGAUCGCGCUACAAAUCAGAGUAAAUGUUUUGGUUUUGUUUCAUUCGAUAAUCCUGCCAGCGCUCAAGCGGCCAUUCAGGCAAUGAAUGGUUUCCAGAUUGGCAUGAAAAGACUGAAAGUUCAACUGAAGCGGCCAAAGGAUGCCAGCCGACCCUAUUAACAAUCGGAGUUCCUUAAAGCGUUAAACAACAUUAACAAUUACAAACGAUUACUUCUUUCGAAAAUAAUUAUGAAACAGUAAUUCCAAGAGCAACAAAAAAAAAUAUACACAAAUAUAUAACAAAAAAAAACUCUAUUAUCAAAUAGAACAAAAAAAAUGAAACAAAACUAAAAGUAAAAGCGCAGCAAGUAAACCUCUACACACAACAACAGUCAGCAGCAGCAACAAACAGCAGCAAAUGAAAGAAAAAGUCGCAGUAAAGUAGUCAAUAGAUUCCAAUUAACUGAAUACAAAUACUGAUCCCGCAAAAUAAAUUCACCAAGCAACAUAUGUGCAAGUUUACAAUAAUGAAUAUCCCAGUGCAAGCCCAUAGAAAACAAACUACGUGCAAAAUUUAUAAGAUCAAAGAACAGUUUAUCAACCGAAUCAAUGCCACUAAACCAGUUAAAAUGUCUUACCCGAUGAUGUAAAUCCAGCUUCCUAUCAACUAACCAGGCAAACCGAUCCAAAACCAAGCACAAGCUUUUACCGAAGCUCAACAACACACGCGAGCAAAUCUGAGCAUACAAGUGGAAUUCAAUUUUUUCGAAACGUCAAUGAAAAACAACAUGCCGAUAAAGUGUGUAAUAAAUAAUGUUAUUAAAAAUUUAAACAAAAAACAAUAUGCAUAAAUAUAUUUAUGUAUAUGCAAAAAUCCAAAAAAAAAAAUAUUAUUAUUAUUAUCACAAAAUUUAGAAGAACUGAAAUACCGCUAACGAAAAUGCGUGUACGAGUAGAAAAUAGCGAAUAAAGUGGAUGUCAAAGAGAAGUUGAACAAUUUUUGCCAAACCAAAAACAAAAUUAAGCAUACAAAAAAUAAUAUCGUAGUUAUAUAUACAACACACGCAUAUACAUUAUACACACAUAUAUCUAUAUAUAUAUACAUACAUAUAUAUAAAUAUAUUUAUUAAUUAACUUUAACGCAAGGCAAAAAACAACCGUAUAGGCAAACCAAAAACAAAACAAAACCAAAAAACAACCAACAAGUAAUUUAUUAAUUAUUAAACAAAAAUAUAUAGAUUUCUUUAAAUUUUCAAAAGCAUACAUUUGAAAGUUUACUAAUCAUUUUUUAUGCACACGAUCACACUUUAGAGUUUGAUAUUCCAUUCAACUACAAAAACACUUUGCAUACAUAUGUACCAUAUAUACAUAUAUAUAUAUAUAUAUAUUAAAACAUACAUAACUACAACAAUAGUUGGAUAAAUUAACUAAUCAAUUACUUAAUUACCACUACAAUUAAUAUUAUCACACAAAUACAACAACAACAACUACUACAACUACGAAACAAAGCUGACUGCAAAAUAUGAACAAAGAACCGAAAAAACUGAACUGUUCUGGGUUUUCAAAAUACAAAAAGAAACAUAGACAAAAACCGCAUCAAUAAAAUUAGAGCAAAUACCACGUACUUAAAAUAAAAACUCAAAGGAAAUGCAAAAAAAAAUAAUAAUUUUUAUACAAAAUAAAAAAACUAAAAAAAAAACAAAAAAUAAUAUAAUUAUAUACUUCAUUGAAAUAAUGCAAAUAAACGCAUACAAAAUAGAAAUAAUGCGUAAAAAUACAUUAUUAGUAAAAACAAAAAGAAUCAUAAUGGGAAUUUAUUAAACUUAGCGAACAAACCAAAAAAAAAAACUUAGUAAAGAUACCAUAAAAAUUAGCAUGCCAACGUGCGCAAAUAAGAACUAAAUAAAUAAUAAUUAUUUAAAAUUUAUUACCAAAUACAAAUAGUUUGAAAAUAAUGCGAAGCAAGUAGUGAAAAUCAUACAAUAUAUAAGCAAGCGCGAAUUUGUAGCCAGACGAGCAAGUAUAUUAGAGCUGUAGUAGAGAAUAACGGGAAAAAAUUGGGAAAUAUUUUUUCCACAGUUUGUAAUAAUAUAAAAAAAAAACAAAAACAAGUUCCAAAAAACGUUGAGAUUACAAGCCUUAAAGUUCCACAAUAUCAAUUAAAUAACACAGAAGAACUAAACACAAAUAAAAACAUACAAAAAUUAGGCAAGAUACAAUAUACAUACAUGUAAAUGCCAAAGCAGGGCUAAAAGUAUGAAGAGCGUAAAAAAAUAAGAACUAAGAUGCACGAAAAGCUGGUUUGCAAGAGCUAAAUAUGCAGCUGUCAGCGAGGGCGCACAACUGAGAGAGUUGAGAGCAAAGAAAAAUAAUAAAUUCUUAUAAAGAAGUAUGAGAGAAAAUAUGAAAAGGAUGCAGAAACUUCAUAAAACUUAUAGUAGCACACAGACGACAAAAAAUGCGCACAGUCGAGCUUUCCGAAAAUUUUUCUAAUUUCGAAAUUUUUUCUAAAGAUCGCCGAAUGAGUGUGAUACUUUAAAAGAAAGAAACCUCUCUCUGCAAAUUGUGUAGCAGUUAAAAAAAAUAUUUUAAAAUUUAAAAAUGGGUUUCAUAGGAAAAUGUAAAUCACGCUAACUCAAGAGUCAAAGCGAUAUUUAAAAGUGAUGGUACAAUGUUAUCAAAAAGCGUUGAACUCGGUAAAUUUCUAUAAAAACAAACGUAAGAUGAUCGCAGGGUUAUAUAGCCUUUGAACUUGCCUCGGAAUAAUUAAUUUUCUACGCGGCCAUCAUACAUAUAUGAAAUGACGAGCCACUUCGUCUGGUAACAAAGCAAAAGAUAAUUUUUCCUUUUUUCUAACAGCAAACAGAGAAAGAUCAUUCUCUCUCAUUUUUUCUGACAGCAACAAAAGUCAAGCUCGCGACGCUCUCGUGCAGUAACAUCUCUAUUUUCGUAUGUUAGCCCUGCAGUAUCAUUUAUGCCUGAAUGCAUACAUACAUACAAAGCUGUAGUCUGCAGACAUAAUUAAACGCUUUUUGAUACAUACAUACAUACACACGAAAACCAAACCGAUUUGAAAAUUGUUUGACCAAACUUACAUAAAUACUUAUAUACAGCUACCUACUACAAAAAACACAUACAUAUGUAUUAGGGUGGGCAAGAACGGUCUGAAGCCGCGCAAAAAUUGAUUUAGAAAUUAUUA